AACGGACCUCUGCUCCUCCGCUUGGUUUCUCGUCGUUGAGGACGACGUGGUGUCACUGCCGCAAUUCGCACGUGUAUACGACGUUGUUGUGUCACCUCAACCUGCAUGUUGCAUCGGCAGUCACCUUGAGUUGUCUCCCUUGAUCUAUCUACUUUGUUGACCCUCAACCAUGUCUCAGGCGGUCCCCCACCCGCUCUCCGACCUCACUGUUGCUGAGAUCAACCGAGCACGAGACGUUGUGCUCCAACUGCACUCUGGCAGUGUCAUCGACUUUCGGUCAAUCUACCUCCUCGAGCCGCCCAAAACCGAGGUUGUUCCUUUCCUUGAUCUCGAACAUGCCGGAAAGCUCAAGGCAUCAACCCCGCGGCCAGCUCGCCUGGCGCAAGUGCGAUACGACAUCAUAGGCGGCAGCAAAGCUGCAGAGUAUCAUGAGUCGGUCAUCGAUGUUGUCGCUGCGAAGCGCGUGAAGCACGAAGUCAUCGGCACUGAACACCAUGCCAGCUUGACAAUCUUUGAGUUCCAAAAGGUGGUUGAGUGCGUGCAGAAAUCGACACUCUUCAAGGAAAGGUUCAGGACAGUCCAGCUGCCCGCUGGCUUUGAGCUCGUCAUUGAGCCUUGGCCGUACGGCGGCCCCGACCAGCAAGACGGCGAUACGCGCUUCUUCCAGGCUUUGUGCUUCGGGAGGGACACCCGCAGUGGCAAUCCGGAUUCCAACUUUUACGCCUACCCGUUACCGUUUAUUCCGAUUGUGGAUGCGCACAAGAAUGAAGUGGUGCGAAUCGACGAACCUGCGACGGGCGGCGGAAACGACCUCUUAGAUGCGAAAACGCACAAGCUUGGUAUCCUUGAUCACUGCAGGACUUCGGAAUACGUCCCGGAGUUGAUCCCAGGUGGUGUCCGCAAGGAUGUCAAACCCCUGACGGUCUUGCAGCCGCAGGGGCCGAGCUUUGCCGUCUCCGACUCGAACCUCAUUGAGUGGCAGAAGUGGCGGUUCAGAGUGACCUUCAACCCCCGUGAAGGCGCUGUUCUUCAUGACAUCCGGUAUGACGGGCGUGACAUUUUGUACAGAUUGAGCAUGAGCGACAUGACGGUGCCGUACGCAGACCCGCGCAACCCAUUUCACAGAAAGCAGGCUUUCGAUUUUGGAGACGGUGGCCUGGGCAACUGCACAAACAACCUAACAUUGGGAUGUGAUUGCCUGGGUGUUAUCAAGUAUUUUGAUGGUAUUCUCACCACAGCCGACGGCUCCGCCGAGGUGAGCAAGCAAGUCAUCUGUCUUCACGAGCAGGACGAUGGCAUUGGCUGGAAGCACACCAACUGGCGUACGGGUCGUGCCGUCGUAACCCGUCGGCGCGAGCUGGUGGUCCAGUUCAUCAUUACCCUCGCAAACUACGAGUACGUCUUCGCGUUCAAGUUCGACCAAGCCGCCGGUAUCGAGGUCGAAGCGCGCGCCACGGGCAUCGUCUCCGUCGUCAACAUCGACGAGGGCAAGACGGCACCAUGGGGCACCGUUGUGAGCCCGGGGGCGCUGGCGCAGAACCAUCAACACAUCUUCUGUCUGCGCAUCGACCCGGCGGUAGACGGCCACGCCAACACGCUGGUCCAAGAGGACAGCGUCCCCGUGCCGAUGAACAAGACGACGAACCCGAACGGCAAUCGCUACGAGGUACAGACCAAGGCCAUCGAGACGUCGGCGGGCAUCGAUCUCAACCCGUUCAGCAACCGCGUCUUCAAGGUGCAGAACCUGGCCAAGCGCAACCCCGUCAGCGGCAAGCCGGUCGGCUACAAGAUCACCACGCCGCCGACGCAGCUGCUCCUCGCCGACCCGGCCAGCAUCCAGGCGCAGCGCGCGCUCUUCACCAAGCACCACAUGUGGGUCACCAAGCACAAGGACGAUGAGCUGUAUGCCGGCGGGCGCUACACACUACAGAGCCGCCGAGAGAAUGGUGGCGUGUACGAUGCGGCGGCCAGGGGGGACAAUGUCAAGGACGAGGACAUUGUCGUUUGGAGCGUCUUUGGCUUGACACAUAAUCCCCGCGUGGAGGAUUGGCCUGUCAUGCCGGUCGAGAAACUCCAGGUACACAUCACGCCGUCAGACUUCUUCACGGGUAAUCCGGCAAUCGACGUUCCAUCAAACGCCGACAUUGGCUCCAAGUUGGCGAGCGGAGCUUGCUGCAAAGGCGAUGGGGAUAGGCCCAAGCUGUGAAUAUCACGGCCGGAAAAGAACACAAUGCACGGCAUACGUAUAUAAGAUUGCACCGAAGGCAGGGAAUCACAGGACAACAGGGACGGUUCACGCGCAGAAUGGCAUCCAUGAGUAUUGUAAACACUGCGCAGUCUCAACUAAAAUGUAGCGAUGAUGACACGAAAUGAAAGUUAGCCCAGUAUCAAAUCCCAAUGCCAG